CCACAGCCCCCAGGAUGCCCCUCGCGGCGGGGCCCGGCUCCGCCUCCGAAGGCGGAAGCGAGGCGGUUUGAAGCGCUGAGCGGCCGGGGCGCGCGCUCGCUGGCUAUGGCGGAGCCGGGGCUGUACCGGUGCAUCGAGUGCAGCAGGGAGGCCUCGGAGCUGUACAGAGACUAUCAGCGCGGGGUGCUGCGCAUCUCCAUCUGCAAAUCCUGCCAGAAACCUGUGGACAAAUACAUCGAGUAUGAUCCUGUUAUCAUCUUGAUUAAUGCUAUUUUAUGUAAAGCGCAAGCAUACAGACACAUUCUUUUCAAUACAAAGAUAAAUAUUCAUGGAAAGCUUUGCAUAUUUUGUUUGCUCUGUGAAGCUUAUCUCAGGUGGUUGCAACUGCAGGAUUCAAGCCAAAGUAUAGAUCCUGACGACUUAAUCAGAUAUGCCAAGGAAUGGGAUUUUUAUAGAAUGUUUGGUAUAGCUUCUUUAGAACAAACUUCAUUUUUAGUUGGCAUUUUUAUUGCCUUAUGGCAGAUGAGACCUGAGAUGCUGAAAACAAAGUCUGACUUCAUUUUACUUCUCAAAGCACUGCUGUUGUCUAGCUAUGGAAAGCUUUUGCUAAUUCCAGCUGUUAUUUGGGAACAUGACUACACGCCUUUGUGCCUCAUGCUUAUAAAAGUAUUUGUCUUGACAUCAAACUCUCAGGCAAUCAGAGUUACGUUGAACUUAAACCUAAUGCUUGCUUGGUUGGCCAUCUUCAUUGGUUUAGUUUUGGAAAAUGGUGCAGUCUGCUUGUUCCAGAAAAUGGGAUGGAAUGUUUGAAAAAUCAGUCCAGAUCUAAAGAAAAACCAACACCACCAUCAUUUUCUAAGGAUGGUCUCUGCCAGUGGUCCCAAAGUCAAUAUUUUCAUAGUGAUAAAGAAAAUGAUAGGUAACAAAUUUUCAUUAUUGCUUUGCUGGAGACAGUUUUAGGAUAAGUUAAAAUGAGAAACUUGAGAACUUCAGCUAUUUAAUGUGAUGAGACAUAAAACUUUGGCCUUAGCUUUUUUCUUUUCCCAUCAAAAAUAUGAAUGUAUCGCUAUCUUAAGAGCUUUAUAAAUCUGGCUGUAUAGCUGUGGCUGUAACAAGAAAGGUACACUGAAAAAAUUCAACACUGCUACCAAUCAAUGCAUUUUGGCAGAAUGAGGGAGAUGACUUUUUCACUUAAGAGAAAGGAAAGCAGUCAGUGGAAAACAAAAUUGAUAUUUCUGCCAAAGCUGAUUUUCAGAGAGAGAUGAACAUGCACAAAGAGAUUAUUAGAGAAGAGGCAAGUAUUGCAAAAAAAAACUACAGUGGAAAAACUAAGUUGUGUUCUCUGGAAUGCUUAUGGAACAAUCCAAAAUAAUAAAAUACCUAGUUCUAGAGUAAUCUUUAGGAGUUAUGGUUUUAAUCGGCUUUAUUUCAAAUUUUUAUAUGAUCUUAUAAAUCCUGCUGCACUGUUCUGAAAGAUGGAAAGAGAGGCAGGGACUCUGACCUCCAGCAUACAAGGUUGUUUGGGAUACUGCUCCUGAUGUAGUUAAUAUUAAGCCUUCUCCCCCCUCCCCAACCAGCCUUCACCUGACAGCUGGUUUAGUGGAAGGAGGAAGUGAAGUAUGAGGCUGCGCAGCAGCGUUCUUUUAUGGAGUAGCACAUAUUGAAAAAGAAGCAAAAUUUGAACUAAAUUAGUGAAGAAACAUUUAUGGAAUUUCUAAACCUUACAUCCCAGCAGGCAAAGAGAGAGGGCUAGGUGGUCUACAAAGGAAUUAGAGGGAAUUGGCAGAAUCGUUUUCCCAAGACAGGCAGCGGUUAGCCCACAGACCUACUCUUUUUCUGCAGACCAGUUUCCAUCAUGUUCCAUCCAAAGUUUAAUUCUCCUGCUUCAUUUUGGAAGGGUGUAGUUCUGUCAGUACCUGCCACAGGUAUGAUUUCUAUUCUUUGUUUUUCUUAGCUGCAAUUUCCUGUCCAUCUUUUGCAAAAUUCACUAAAUAACAUUUUGCAGUAUCUUCAAAUUCUGAGUAGAUAUAGAGUAAGCCUAGACUGCGAGCCCAGAAGAUAGGAGACAUCAGACAUGUUAAAACCCUUGCCACCACAAUGCCAUAGUAAAGCUCUUUCAAGAGAAAAGCAAAUGGUUGCCUAUUCUGUUAUAAUAAGGCAGAGGCUGACAGCACUAGUGUGCCAUUUGCUGAAUAUGGUAUCUUUCUGAGCAUGUGAUGGUGUGGCCAGGGAAGGAGGGGGGAAAAAAAGAAAAAAAGCAAUUGCAACUGCUCUUAAGACAGCUUGCCCCUGAUAAGCACGUAGCUGUGAAGGUAUAUGAGGAAUCCACGUUGCUAUUGGUGUGAAUCAGUGACAAGACAAAUGGCUGUAGGCCUACGGUUGUCCACCUUUGGCUGAGCAGCAGCUUUAGCAACGCAGCACCUAGAACAUGUUCUGAUUUACAUGCUUAGAUUUGAGAAGAAACUCCUCUCCCCCAAAACUUUGUAAAAACAGUAUAUUGCCAGAGGUGCUUUUAGAAAUGCUUCCUCCUACCGCACAAGCACACAGCAUUCCAACAGAUGCUGCAGGUUGAGAGGGCACAAGGGAAAGAGCAGUAGAUCUUUUUAGAAAAGUUUUGUGAAUGUUGGUCUGGCCUGCUUCUUUCCUUUACCUCCUUUGCCUUCUCCCUCUAGUUUAAGAAGAGAUGCAGUUCUGCUGCAACAGAGAGGAUUACAGAAGAAUAUGCACUAGGAUGGUGCUCGUGCCUGCUGAGUCAAACUCUUUGUUAUUGCAGCAGUCAUCUGUCUGGAACCAGCUCCCUGCUCAUCAUACUACUUCCUUAGCAUUGCAGCUGGUAUAGCUUCCUACUGUUACAUAUGUCUCUCUGCAGGGAAUGUACAAACUUGCUCCCUGACACAGUUUUAUUUCUCUAAUGACCUACGAGCAGUAUUUGCUUGCACUUCUGUGAGGUUAGAAUUCUUUUAGUCUUGUAUGUGUCAUAGUUAUACACAGAUUUUUUUUUACUAAAAAUUUCUCCUUUAUCUUCUCUGGCACUGGUUUCAGUAUAAAGGCUAGAGUAUAGCUGAAUUGAGCACGUUCAAGUGCAAAUUAUGCAAGGGGAAGGUCUUGCAUCACCUGUAAUGUAAACAUGACCUAGUCAGUAGGAAAGUUGUAAGUAAAAUAUACAGAAAUUUUGUUUGGGAAUAGCUUUUCUACUUAAAGCUUAUUUUGAAUAAGACGUUGAUCUCACAACACUUUCCCUGAGUUUCACUUAAAGGAAAGAACAGACAUGAACACAUUCCAAAGGAAGAAAUGCAUAUAUAUUGCAUCGUAGGUGCCAAUAAUGUAUCAGUUCUGCACUCAGUAAUGCUAUCAGGAGACAGCACUUGUGCAACUUUAUGGAGGAGAGAGAAAAAAACUAGCAGAGCUACACAGCUGUGGAACAACAGCAGGUGUUGUACAGAUGUUCAGAGUCAAGUAACUUAGAACAUUGUGCCUUGUGUGGUUUUGUGCUACUAAUUAACCAGAACUGACAUGACAAAUAUAUUAAUAUUCUGUAAAUCAAGGGGGAACUUGAGGAUUCUGGAGCUGGGAGGAUAAUGUGUGAUUUUUUGAAGCCUUUGGGAAAGUAUUCCUUAUGGUGCUUCAGACUGCGAUAAUUUUGAGUCUUCCUAUUGUAAAUAGCUGUAUCCUUCGCAUUUUUUCCUUUCUUACCUUUGAUCUCUUCAUCUUUCACAAAGUCUUUGUAAAGAAAUAGUCUAAUAGUAUAACUCUUUCCUUCCCUGUGCUGGAAGAUAUAUUACAAAUGGCCUGCCCUUUCUAUGUAUCUUCAAUUGCGUCAUUAACUUAUUGUAAAGGACUUGAGUUAAAAAAAUAAAAGCCUGCGUAUGAACACCUGUAA